AGUAUAAAUCUUUUGUGCCCUGGUGUAAAUCUCAAAGUUUAGCAGUUAACUGUAUUCAUUUACGAAGAUAAUCACAUCAUGCAAAAUGGAUUUAUAUGCAAUGUAGUUACCCAAUUCACGCUAGUAAAAAGCGACAGUCUGCAGUUAGAUGUCUUUCAGAUUCACAGCUCCUGAUUCAAUGUUUGUCUCUGCUAACAGUUAAAAUCUUUUGAGCCGUAUGAAGCCUGCAUGUGUCUGCCAUUAUCUGCCAUACUGUCAAGACAGAGGGUUUGCGUGCAGUUCUGAAAAAGUGACAACAUGGCGACUGCAGAGAGCGUGUCAGCUUUUUUAGACACCAACAGAAACUGCACGAUACAGAUCGCUAACAUGAGCGAAGUCUACAGCCUCAACAACGCAAAGGUCUACACGUUCAGUGGGUACUGCUGCCAUCCUCCUCAGCCCACAAUCAGCUCCAACAAGACCGGGGUCUGCGCAAUCACUAAAACAGGCACUGCCCGCGGGGCCGUAGGUGUCUUGACCUAUGACCUCUUCCAUAUGAAGAACAAGGUGUGCACUGAACGCAUGGCUAUUCUGUUCUCCGUUCCCUACGACUACAACUUCUACAGUAACUACUUUGGAAUUGGGGUGAUCAAGACUGCCCGUGAGUGCAAUGAAACCCUGUACAAUGACAUGUAUUACGGAAGCGACAGCAGUUUUACUCGUGCGAAAGCAGAGGAGUCUGGAAUCACUCACAGUGGACAGAGAGUUGAAUUAAGAGCAACUAUGUCAAAUGUGGGCAAAGCUAUUAUUAAACUAGAGAUCCAUGACAAACUGAGCUAAAAGUAUGUAGUUUAGCCUUACAAAAGAAUUUAUUUUCAUGAGUUCAUAAAAGUAAAAGUAUGCAAUUGUGAUUGUAAAACCUAAUAAAGAGGCAAAAUAGUCAAAAUUGACUGAAUCUUGUAUUGUGUAUUUUAGUGUUGUAGUUCUCUAGACCGGUCUCAAGAUCACUUUUUAUAGAUCUUGGUCUCGUCUUGGAA